GGCUUUGGGAAAGAUAAAGAAAAAAGAAAGAAAAGAGAGAGCAUUUUUCUUCGUACUUGUGAUCGCACCAAAACAUUCUUCGUGACAAAGUAACAUAUUUUCAUUAUUUUCCCUACCUUUAUGGCUUUGUAUCUUGAACACCUUUUAGUACUAAGCUCCACUUCUUCUUUCUCAUGUUUUCUUGUUUUUAAAAACCAAGGAACCAAUCACACACACCAAUAUUCCACAUUGCAUAAUGGCCAAGGAACCUUCUCUAUGCCUCUUGUUCCUCUCUUUUCUCCUUUUCUGCUCUUCUGGGACUACUGCAUCUUCAUCAUCUGCUGCUACUACAUUCUUCCAGAAAAGCAAGAUCUCUAAAUCUGAGAUUCGGUUUUGUGUAUCUGAUUACAAGUUUUUGAGCACUCUCACCAACACCAACCUGUCAGUUGAUUUCUUCUUAAAUGAAAGCCUGGUUGAAAAUUUUGUUUCUUCAAAAUCAAAAUCAUCUCUGGUUUCAUGGCUAGAAACUCGUCUUUUGAACAUUUUUCCACAAGUAGACAUCAGAAGCAUCGUUGUUAGAUGUGGCAGUGAGUGCUUACGCCCAGAUGAGAUGCCUUUGCUCAUACCUGUUCUCAAAUCAAUUCAUUCAUUUCUCAGCAAUCUUCAACUAAGCAGGGAAACUAAAGUCUCCGUGGCUUUUCCACUUUCAUUCUUAGAGAAUUUGAAUGCAUCAUAUGAGAGUGAUCUCCUUAGGAUUGUUAUGUUUUUGAAUAAAAUAGAUUCAUUUGUCUUGAUAGAAGACAUCAUUGAUGGGGAAUCGAGCACUUUUCAGUCUGUUAUUGAAAGAGCCACCCUUGCUGCUGCUAUUCUUCCCUGCAAAGAUGUUCCUGUGGUUUUCACAAUCAAGAGCCAUGAUAUUCCAAGUUCAAUGGAAUUAGCUCAAUUUACUGAGGCAGUAUCCAAAUAUCUUGAAGCAGUUUCUCAUUUUACAAAGAGAAUAGUUGCAUUCUAUGCACAAGUACGCACAACCAAUGAUUUUGUACUACUCAAAAAAGAAGAGGGAGAAGAGAUAUUUCCUUUGUUCCUAAGAGAAAAUCCAAGCAAAGUCCACAUCAGAAGAACUCUACAAGACACAACCAACUCACCAACCCCACCUUCACCAGUAAUCACACCUCCAGAUACACCAACCAUCAUCACAGUUUCCCCCACCAAUCCAGCUUCAACACCUGUCACAGUUCCUUCUACCACACCAAUUGUUCCCUUAGCCCCUACAAAUCCAGCCAAUCCGGUUACCAACCCUGUGACCUCUUCUUAUCCACCACCAUCAUCAGGAAGUGUUCCUGUCACAAGUGCACUGCCUCCUCCUCCAAGCACAAAUGCUCAAGCCAUGCCAGGGGGGCAGAGUUGGUGUGUGGCAAAGACUGGAGUUCCACAAGCUUCUCUUCAAUCAGCACUGGACUAUGCUUGUGGAAUGUCAGGUGUGGAUUGUUCACAGAUACAGCAAGGUGGGAGUUGUUACAAUCCAAAUUCAUUACAAAACCAUGCUUCUUUUGCCUUCAACAACUACUACCAAAAGAAUCCUGCGCCAACAAGCUGUGACUUUGGAGGCACUGCCACCAUAGUGAACACCAAUCCGAGCUCGGGUUCUUGCAUCUACCCAUCAUCUUCAGGGGCAGGCACAUCCGGCUCUGGUACUGGUAGCCCAGUUUUAGGGUCCCAAAGCCCUCCUGAUUUAAAUACCUCCUAUUCGGCUAGUCUGAGACCUUUUCUUGGCUGCAUGGUUCUGGCAAUAUCAUUAGUCACUGCAAGACUCACUGCAUGAGUUUUCCACAAGAAUCAUCGGCGUUGAAGUUCGAUACACGUGGCUUUGGAGUUACAUGUGUUGUAAUAUUACAAGCAGUGUACAGCUCUACAAGUGCAUAAUGACAGUAGAAUGAAUAGAAGAGAGAUUACGUGAUGAUGACAGGUUAUGGUCAGGUUCAGUUACAAGGCUAGUAUAUAGUUCUGUGUGCAUUGGUCCUAGUUUGUGUUGGAAAUUCAUUUGCAUAUAAAUAGGGGCUUGUACUUAUUUUGCAAAAUGAUUCACGUGGAUAUGUAGAGUUAGAAACCAGGUUAACUGACUCGUAGAUGGGUCAAGGGAACAAUUUCACAUUUUGAGAGCUUGUCGAGAUUUAGAAUGAGUAAAAAAAAAAUGUGUCAUGUUUCAUCUGUAAAGCAACAAUUUAUGGUAUUGGUAAAUUCUGACGGUUUAUUGGGGAACCACUCCAACAUCAUUUGUUAUAGAGCCUGGAUGCUUUAAUGGAUUCUAAUCAUCAUGCUUUUUAA